AUGCUGGGGUGCUCUCUUGGGGGUGCUGCACCCCCUACACCAGCUGGGGAAAGGCGAGGCACUAGGGGGCGUGAGCUCCUGCCGCUGCUGCUGCUUCUCCUGUCACGCCGGGUUUGGGCGCAGCAGCAGGGACCCUGCCCCAAGUUCUGUGAGUGCUCCGAGGUGGCCAGGACAGUGAAGUGCAUCAACAAGAACCUGACCGAGGUGCCACCGCAUCUGCCUCACUAUGUGCAGAACCUCUUCCUCAUGGGCAACAACAUCAGUCACCUCUCGGCGGCCACGUUCCUCUCUGAGCCUCACCUAAACCUUAGCCACCUCAACCUCAGCAGCAAUGGCCUGGAAUGGGUGGACCACGAGACUUUUGCCAGGCUGCCCAGCCUGAAGCAGCUGGACCUCAGCAGCAAUGCCCUGGUCGAGAUCAGCCCCAUGGCCUUUGGCAACACCAGCAGCCCCUUGGAGGAGCUGCAUCUGGGCAGCUCCCUCUCUAACAAUAGCCUGGUGACCGUCCUGGCCAAACUGCUCCAGAAGGGGACUUUCCUGAACUUGCAGCACCUGGAUCUGUCCAGCAACAACCUGCUGUAUCUGCCUGCAGGCAUGCUUUCCCAGCUGCCCAGCCUGAGGCAACUGGACCUGCACAACAACUCCCUGCUGAGUUUGCGGAACGUGUCCUUUCGGAACCUCCAUCAAUUGCAGAGCUUCAACCUUGGUGACAACGCCCUCAAGUGCCUCAAGAAUGACACUCUCCGGCAACUCCGCAGCCUUCCCAGGCUCACCAUGCUCAACCUCAGCCGUAACUCCUGGGUCUGUGACUGUGACAUCGAGGACAUGGCCAGCUGGCUCAAGCACACUGACCAGGUGCAGGCCAAGGGAGCCCUCCUGUGCUCUUACCCUGAGGAGAUGGAGAAUCGCUCCUUGGUGAGCCUCGACUUUGCCCAGCUGAGCUGCCCCAAGCUCCCAGAUAACCAGUCCCAGCUCCAGACUUCUUAUGUCUUCCUCGGGAUAGUCCUGGCCCUCAUUGGUGCCAUUUUCCUCCUGGUUUUAUACUUGAACCGAAAAGGCAUCAAAAAGUGGAUGUACAAUAUCAGGGAUGCCUGUAGAGACCACAUGGAGGGAUACCACUACAGGUAUGAGAUCAACGCAGACCCCAGGCUAACAAACCUCAGCUCCAAUUCUGACGCCUGA